AUUGAUGUGCGAAGAGGUACAGUGUGUGCAGUUGUGUUGAAAGAAGAGUAUAAAGUUAGAUUAUUUCUACAAAACAACAUCACCAUGAAUAAUUUAAGCGAAUAUGAAAAGAUUCGCCUUGAGAACAUUGCAGAAAACAAGAGAAUUUUGGCGGAAUUGGGUUUUGACAAGCCGUUCAUGCCAAGUUUCCAUAAGAAUCCGCCGCUAAAAAGAAAACGUAAAGAGAAAGUGUGCAAAGAACGAAAGAAGCCACUUUUGUCAAUUCCAGAGCUGAAAAACGACRACAAUGGAAGGCCAAGGACAAGAAGCUCGGCAAGACUAGCGGGAAAGGAGCCACAAUACUUUCAAGGGGUAGAUGAUGAAUUAGAGAGUAUAAAAGAAAGAACAAAGAAAGUUAAAGAGAUAAAAGAAAAUGUCUUUGGCCAUAUUCCAGGAAUUGAGAUUGGUGCAACAUGGAUUUCAAGGUCUGAUUGUGGUGCUGAUGGUAUACACCGAAUGACUGUAGCUGGUAUUCAUGGGAAUGGAAGAGAUGGGUGCUUUUCUGUUGCACUGUCAGGGGGAUAUGAAGAUGAUAUUGACUAUGGAGAGUGUUUUACAUACACUGGGUCAGGUGGAAGAGAUUUGAAAGGAACCAAAUCCAAGCCAAAGAAUCUACGAACAGCACCACAAUCAAAGGAUCAAAUGCUGACCAAUGGAAAUGAAUCACUUAUACUGAGCGUUGGUACAAAGAAACCUGUGAGAGUAAUAAGAGGGUACAAGCUGAAUAGCCCAUUUGCUCCUGAAGAAGGGUAUAGAUAUGAUGGGCUUUACACUGUAGAGAAGUACUGGCAAGCAAUUGGAGCUAGUGGGUUUAAGGUAUACAAAUAUGCAAUGAAAAGAUGUAAAGAUCAGGCCCCUCCACCUUGGGAAACAAAUUCCCAAGAAGACAACAAUGAAGAGGACUGCACAAAUAGUGACUGAAAUUACCUCCAAACAUUUGUCAAACAAAACUUUGUUACAUUGGAAACAUUUUGAAACUUGUGCUGAAAUAUGGUUUAGCACAAGAAUUGUUAAGUGAGAUAUAUAAUUAUUAUCAUUGCACUGUCCAUCUAUUAUCUUUUAUUUCCAGAAAACUGAAUGAUUUAAUUGAUCUUUCUGCAAAGCAUCGUAAGUUGUUGAAAGUCUUUUCAGAAUUCCCCUUGGCUCAAAACAACAUGCAAAAAUGCAGAUUUUGCUUCACUAUUUAAGUGCCUUAAUUGUCUUAGAAUAAAAUGAAUGGUGGGAGUCUUAUAGCAUGGAGCCCCCAAUCUUGUUUAAUAAUAGCAAAAAAGUGUURUAUACCAUGUUGGCAGAUUUUCUUGAGGAAUUGUUGUACAGUGAAGAAACAAGUUACUAUCUUCAGCAUUAGAGUUGUAUUAUUUUAUUAAWAAUUGAUAGUUCAGAUGUGAUUCUCCAUUUGCUGUUUAAUAUUACAUUUGAUUUAGAUUUUAUCAAUUCAAUUUUUAUUUUUAAGCAAGUUACUUGUUCAGGAAAUACUUGUAUGAAACUAUUGUAUAGAAGAACUGAAAAUAACAGCUUUGUCAUCAAUUAUUUUCUUAGUUUGUGGAUCAAUUGAUCCAUCAUUAGGUAAACUAAGGUGACGCAAGUUACUUUUUACAGGUAAAAAAACAAAUGCAUGAUAAAAAUGUAUGUAAAAGUAUGGCAUGCCAAAGCAUAUGCACAUGCUAAGAUUUUAGUUUCAUCCCAGUCAAUUUCAUAGCUGUUGGUGUCUGACACAAGCAGACUGCAGACUUGCAGACCGCAGACUGCAGACUGUAGACUGCAGACGAAAUAAUUUAUUUGCAUUCCACAUAGCUGUUACAGUUUGUGAGUUCUGAAAAGAUGAUAUUUCUCUUUUUCCUCAUCUGAUACAGACUUUCUUUUCUUCUUGUCUCUAGUUGUGGACUAUAUUUGUUUUUUAACCUCUGCASUCAUUUGUAUUACCUGACAUAAUGAUUUAUACCAUCUAAAAGGUCAGAAAAUAAAUUAAUCAUUUUGUUGGAUGUAACUGAAGCUGUUAUUUGAAAUUAUGAGUAUUAUAUAGAGUACCUUACAAAWUUUUUUCUUGUUUGGAUUUGUUUAUAUAUUUCCUUAAGGGCGGCAUGGGGAAAAGUUGCGACAAAUGUUUGUUAUGAGAAAGAUCAAAUUUAAAAUUGUUUGUAUGUGAUCAGACAAACAUGACAUUGCUUACAUUUGCUAUGCUACAACAUUAAAUAGUUUGGUCAGUUUUUCAUGGAUUUUAGCAUAAAUAGCUCUCAGGAUGCCCCUCUGGUCUGGUUAUGCUGUAUUGUGCUCGUAAGAAUGUACUCAUUCCCGUUUUUAUAGAUUAGUACCGUUGAUGAGAUACAGUUGUUUAGUAUAUAAUUGCUUUGGUGCAUUAUUUUUCUUGUUAUGACUCAGAUUUAGCUUUCAAUAGUCGACCUUCAUGGUUACCUGCACCAUCCUGAAAGGUAGCYGUGCCUUCACAUGGAAGCGAGACAACCGUUGAGCGUGCAAUGAUAGAUACCUGUGAAUAAUUKUCUGUAGGUGUGAAAGAAAGUUUCUAUCAUUGCACACUCGAUGGUCGUCUCGCUUCGAUGCAAAGGCACCGCUACCUUUCAAGAUGGAGCAGGUAACYKUGAAUUUUAAACUUGAUCUUUCUUUGGGCAUUGGCAUGAAUUACCUGUAUAUUUUAGUUCUAUUUUAGUUUUAUUUAAAUGUGUUUUUAGGUUAAUUUUGUGUAAUAAACAUUGUUACAAGACCA